AUGAGUCCGAGCGUGCCCGAACUGGACAAAGACGAUGCGAAAGAGGCCGCCUGGGAAGAAGACGGCGUUGCGCUCCGGCCCUCGCUCAGCCAGCACCUGACAUGUGUUGGGCUGAUCAUCAAGGCAGAUCCCUUGGCAGCGGGGAUAAUCGAAAAGUACAUGCUUGGAGAGCCGGUACAGUACAAGAGAUGGUAUUACAGGCGCGUAAUAAAUUGCGGUGCGAUGGACACAGACUGGAUGGGGGCAGGUAAUCUUACCAGGCCACAAUACAGAAAUUCUUCAAGUCUGGAAAAUCUGUAUGGACGGAACAUUUUCCCUUCCAUGCUGCUCUGCUGCGUCUUACUGCGCUGCCUGUCCGUCCUGCCCAUCCUGCCUGUGUCUGUCUUCACGUCUCCCGGGCAGACUUAA